ACACAUCGACUUCCUUGCUCAUCCUUGCAUCUCGAGUCGCUUGCAGAGACUAAUCAUCAAUGAUUCAUCAUUUCACGUGGCCGAAUCACAACACCAAUGGAAAUAUCAGCGACUAUUGGAUGCUGCAUCUCACUCACUCACAGAACUGCGAUUAGUUCUGAUAUACUCAGGACGACAGACACAUACAGGGAUGUCUGCUAUCCAGUGCUAUCCUUCACUCGCAAUACGUCACUGCGGAGACUAUGUCUGAAGCUUAUGCAUUUUCAUCGAGUUGCUGACCUGGAUGCAUUAUGUCAAGUCUUACUUUCCAUCAAGUCAGGCCAGCUUCGAGAAAUAGUGAUAGUUUUCCAACCAUAUUCACUGUACCCAGGAAUCGAUGUAACGGAGGCAGUGAAAACCACGCUCAAAUUUCACGAGUCUGCUCGCUACGAAGAGAUUGACAAUUAUCUCUCAUCCGAUUCAUUCAGGAUGCUGAGCAAAGUAGAAUUCGCAAACUCCACCCAGCGUUAUGGGAACCCACCCGAAGAUAUCAUUCCGGUGAACACAGUGGCCGAGGAGCUGUGGAGGCAGCAACUUGCGCCUUUAUUCCCACGACUGCUCAAGCGAGGCAUCUUCCGCUGCAGCGCCACAGUGAAGAAAGCUCUGGAUGCAGACGGCUUUUGAUCAUUGCGGCCGUUGUACCUGCUGUAGAUACUUCUCGAAUUCGCGGUAUCGUCCCACUCUGGCAACGGUGAAGGGCACACUUAAGUGGACCGAGAUGCCUUCUACCCUCGUCUCUCCGGCUAUCCGAAAUGUCAUUAACAUACCCUAGCAUCCACUUUCCCGCAAACCGCCAUUGCCAUCGCGAAACUCAGACAUUCUUCUUCUCCAUUUCGUCUCCACCUCUU